GGCGGGGCCCUGGGUCACUCCGAGGCCGGGCUGCUGGCGGGCGGGCAGGCACCAUGCCUUCCUUCGACGAGGCGCUGCAGAGGGCCGGCGAGUUCGGGCGCUUCCAGCGGCGCGUGUUCCUGCUGCUGUGCCUCACGGGCGUCACCUUCGCCUUCCUCUUCGUCGCCGUGGUCUUCCUGGGCAGCCGGCCCGACCACUACUGGUGCCGCGGGCCGAGCGCCGCGGCGCUGGCGGAGCGCUGCGGCUGGAGCCCCGAGGAGGAGUGGAACCGCACGGCGCCCGAGCGCAGCGGCCACGGCCCCUGCCAGCGCUUCCUCCUGGAGGCGGCCAACGACACGGCCACCGCCGCGGCGCUCAGCUGCUCUGACCCCCUCGCCGCCUUCCCCAACCGCUCGGCGCCGCUCGUGCCGUGCCGGGGCUCCUGGCGCUACGCCCAAGCCCACUCCACCAUCGUCAGCGAGUUUGACCUCGUGUGUGCCAAUGGUUGGAUGCUGGACCUCACACAAGCCAUCUUGAACCUGGGCUUUCUAGCUGGAGCGUUCACCUUAGGCUAUGCUGCGGACAGGUACGGCAGAUUGGUCAUUUACUUAAUAUCCUGUUUCGGUGUUGGCGUUACCGGUAUAGUGGUGGCAUUUGCACCAAAUUUCUCUGUGUUUGUGGUCUUCCGCUUCUUACAAGGCGUAUUUGGAAAGGGGACAUGGAUGACUUGCUACGUGAUUGUGACAGAAAUCGUAGGUUCAAAGCAAAGGAGGAUUGUGGGAAUUGUGAUUCAGAUGUUCUUCACCCUCGGAAUCAUAAUUCUCCCCGGAAUUGCCUACUUUAUCCCCAACUGGCAGGGGAUCCAGCUGGCCAUAACACUGCCCAACUUUCUCUUCCUCCUUUAUUACUGGGUGGUUCCUGAAUCUCCGCGCUGGCUGAUCACUCGGAAGAAAGGAGAUGAAGCAUUAAAAAUUCUGAGGAGCAUUGCCAAAUGCAACGGGAAAUAUCUCUCACCAAACUACUCGGAGAUCACUGUUACAGAUGAGGAAGUUAGUAAUCCAUCCUUUUUAGAUCUGGUGAGAACUCCCCAAAUGAGGAAAUGCACACUUAUACUUAUGUUUGCUUGGUUCACCAGUGCAGUGGUCUAUCAAGGACUCGUCAUGCGCCUGGGGAUUGUAGGAGGUAACCUUUAUAUCGACUUUUUUAUCUCGGGAGUCGUGGAACUGCCAGGAGCCCUGUUGAUCUUACUGACCAUUGAGCGUUUUGGACGCCGCCUUCCCUUUGCAGCAAGCAAUAUAAUGGCAGGAGUGGCAUGUCUUGUCACGGCAUUCUUACCAGAAGGAAUACCAUGGUUGAGGACCACGGUUGCUACCCUGGGAAGACUGGGGAUAACCAUGGCCUUCGAAAUUGUUUAUUUGGUAAAUUCAGAAUUGUACCCAACAACAUUACGAAACUUUGGAGUUUCACUCUGUUCAGGUUUAUGUGAUUUUGGGGGAAUCAUAGCCCCAUUUCUGCUCUUCCGGCUAGCGGCCAUUUGGCUAGAACUACCUCUUAUCAUCUUUGGUAUCCUGGCAUCUGUCUGCGGGGGACUCGUGAUGCUUUUGCCUGAAACCAAAGGCAUCGCCUUGCCAGAGACAGUGGAUGAUGUAGAAAAACUUGGCAGUCCACAUUCCUAUAAAUGUCACCGGAAAAAGAAAACCCCAGUUUCCAGCUCUCACCUGUGAGACGCCCCCCGCCGAAGAUGAAAGGGAGGACCUGCUCAGGCCCAUCCCAAGGACCCGACGUGCCUUGCAGAGAUGCGUGUGUGUCCAUUUCAGCUGCAUUACGCUGUGCAGCUCCAGGUGUUUUCAAUACUUUACGAAGACAUUCAAACUAUGCAGAGUAUGCUUAUAUAAUUUUGGGUAAGAGGUUUUUUUCCUGACGUUGGAGCAGUGUCUCUGACCAUCGGUUACACACAGACCAGAGAAGCCCCCGCCCAAUUCUCAUGACAGCUCCUUCAAGAAUGCAGGGUAAAGAACUAAGGACCUGGGAAAAGUGUACAGAAAUGGGAUCAUAUAACCUGAUCCAGGGACGCAGGCCCUGGGCUGAGUGUCCUGGACAUUCCUGGGAGGAGACAGAUUGGGGAGGCUGUUCCGAGCCGUGGCCUUCUCUUCUCACCUGGAGCUCCGGGAUCCCUCCAGCAUCUGGGGUUGCAGGCAUGCUCAGGCCUCGUUCUGUAAACAAGAACCAGUCUGCUGCUGUACGAUUUGGGGAUUUGGCUCCAUUAUUUAUAAAAUCAAGUUUGGUCCUGAGAUGACUCGGGAUAGUUUGGGCUGUCCUUUAGUGGGCACCUAGAGCCACACCCUAGUAGUCAGGUCUUCACUGAACAAAACUCAUGGAUUAUGAUCUCAUGGGUCUUCAGAUUUUAACCAGAAAGGGAUAUUUAUGUUUGUGAGUUCGAUUCUGUAACAGUACCCAUAGUUAAGAGUGAAAAAUGUGGACAGUUCUCAUUGAAUCUUGACACUUUUCUUUUCACUUGUUUGGGGAAGUAGCUUACACCUUAAUUUGAAAGAAAGGUCGAUCAUAUCCGUGCUUAACAGAAUUAGCAGAAACUUUCUAAGUGACUUCAUAGAUUUUAAUAAGGGAAGAGAUCUUUCUUAUUUGUUACUGAGACUUUUGAAAUGUGGAGCUUAAAUACAAACUUGCUAUCUUUUUCUGACGUUUUAUAUGUUAUAUUUGUUAUAUUUUCAGAUUCAGUAUAUAUCCUAUUUAGAAUUUUUUAAUGAGUUAUUUCAUAUGGACGGGCAAAACGGACACCAAAGGGAAAUUUUGCCUAUGAGGAAAAAAAUUUCUAUGUGAACACGGGACAUGUACCGUGUAUGCUAAUUGUAAAAUAAAAUUUUACAGGAUGAGGAUUUUUAAAGAUUAAAAUAACAUGUAAUCCUUAAAACACAUCAGAAUUGAAUAUGAGUGUUUUAUUUUUCAAUGAAAUCAACGUGGCUCUUUGAAGAUGUAACACUGCUUUCACCCUUCAUUCACAGACACUUGCUUUUGGCUUUCUUUGCAUUUCUCUUUACUGGAGGACGACUGCUCUUCCUGAUACUAUCACCUUUGAAUUGUAUUUUGAGUUGAUAUUUUGGUUCUGAUAACAAUAAAAAAAAAAUUUAAAUUGUCAAGAAAAAUCAUUUACCCUUUCUCUUCUUUUUGAACAGGUGUCACUG